GUGACGCCGGUAUACCUAGAUGUGGGCGUCGGUCUUGACUGGUUUCGGUACUUGGACAUCUUCCAGUCGCUCCGACCGGCUGAACGCCGUGUUGCCGACCUACUUGGUAUUCAGGAGCGGUUCUUGGCCAGAUGCAUCUCCAAGUGCGCUGCCACAAUGCCCGACCGAAAGGACACCGAUUCAGCCCAAGGCCGAGAGCAAGUUCAACAACAACGACAUUUGAUGGUGCUGCACAGGCGCUUCUACACGGCUCUGGCUCUCUGGUAUCUUGUCUGUGAACAGCCGCUGUCUGACGUGGCGUCUCGGUUCUGCGUGAAUCGAGGCCUUUUGCAAGCCCUGCAGCAGCAGGCGGCCACGUAUGCAGGUCAGUUCGUCUCAGUCCCGUCACGCAUUGACCAGUGGGCCCAGACAGUUUGUGUCAGGCCCUAA